AAAUGUUCAUAAGUUUUUACAAAAAUAUCUUUCAGAAGAACUUUUGGACGCAAAAAUUUUACAUGUUGGAUGUUGCUUUAAAACCGUGUUCCUUGUAUCAGGCAAACGUUUAAAGGGACCGCUAUCAAUCGUGUGUGUAAAAAGUUUACUUGAAUUUCGUAUACAGUCCCUUUAAAGAAAAAUAUUUGAUUGUGUUUAUCUAGAAGAUUCUAGUGGAACUGGAGUCAGAGUUCUCAGAACACUGCUGGGAAACAUGAUUGAGGUACUGAUGAUUAUUUUCAUGUGUUUUAUUCUGAUAUUUGGGAGUGCCAUUCUUGAAACAUGUCUUAUCAUUCUUCUUAUUCUACUCAUUCUCAGAGAGCUGCUACAAACGACAGUAUCGUUUAAGCGAUACAUUUUCAGUAUUGAGAAUAUCGUUGAGAUCUGUAUUAUCUCGUUAACCAUCGUUCUAAUCACAGAUAAGGAUGGAGAAAGGUUUGAGCUGAACCGUCAUCUAGCUGCUAUUGUAUUACUGCUGUCCUGGGGGGAACUAAUCGUGUUAGUUGGAGUACAUCCUAAACUCAAGCAUUGUAAUAUUUAUGUUACAAUAUUUUUUAAGGUUUUAAGAACGUUCUUUUGGUUUCUUGCCUGGUAUUCAUUAUUUAUCGUGGCUUUCGGAUUCGGAUUCUACAUCAUACUACAUCAGGAUACAGGGGUGAUACAGGAGCCUGAAGAUGAUCCUUACCCGUUCUUUAAUCAAACCUGGCUUUCUCUUGUGAAGACUUCAACCAUGUUCGUCGGAGAAUUAGAGUUUAGUGACCUGCCGUUUGAUUUGGAUUCUCCCUUGGCCCCCCUCUCUUACAUCUUCUUCUUGAGUUUCAUCUUCCUGAUGGUGGUUGUCCUGAUGAACCUGCUCAACGGGUUGGCGGUCAGUGAUACCGGGAUCAUCAGGGAGAAGGCGGAGAUAUUUUCAUACAGAUCUAAAGUUGAAACCAUCUCAACCCUGGAGUCCAUGCUGCUGGGAGAUCCAUUCGAUUUUUUGUCCAAUGUUCCAGAGAUGGUUUCAAGAAUACCAUCAUGCUCCCUUCUUCGUCAAUUAUACAGGAAUCGAACCCUCGGCGAUCUUUUCAAAAAGAUCGGAAGUUCUGAAAUUCUUCUUUUCUACCGAUAUCUAGAGAAUAAACAGAUUACAAUCAAACCAAACCAAAUAAACAAAACAUGCUGCAGAGGUUUAAGGGAAUGGGUUGUGGUCACAUGACUAUAUACAUGAUGGGACAUAACUUGGAUCAAGCAUUUCGUAGCUGUAUUCUGUUACAGUUUGCUUUUUUAACUUAUCAAUAUCUUUAUCUUAAGAGAAGUUAUAGAGCUGCAAAACAAUUUCCUCCGAUGUUUCUGUAGUAAAAAUGCGAUGUCUCUUAUAUAAAGAAUCCAAUUUGGAAAAUAACCAAAUUUAAACGUGUAGAUGUGGCCGGAUACUUCAUUCAUUUUAAAUCAUACAAAGCUCUGAAGAGUGCCGUCGUAGCUCGGACCUGCCAUUUCAUACUUGGAAUGAUUAUUUGAAAUUAAGAGAACAGUCCCUUUGAUGAUU